AUUCAAAAACUUCAGGGUGGUGAGAGAAAAGUAAGGUUAUGUUGUUUGUUUUUGUUGACAUUCAGCUGAGUGCGAGAAAAAUGCCUCGAGGAAAACCCAGGAAAAACGGAGAAAAAUCCCUGAAAAGGAAAGCUAAUGACGAUGAUGGCGAAGGUGCAAUUGAGGAGGAACAUCAGGAUGACCUGGAUAGACAACCCACAGAGGAAGAACUCCGAGAGAGCGAGAAGCCUGAGAAUCAAAUGAAUGUUGAAUCAGUGAGAGACAAAAAGCGCAAAUUGACAGAGAAGCAGGCAGAAAAUUCGCGUGAGAAGCUGAAGAAUCUAGCAAAGGAGACUGCCCAUGAUUACCUGAUCCGUUGGAAGAAUGACAAGAAACAGUGGAAGUUUGAGAAGGUAAAGCAAAAAUUUAUUCAGAACAAUGCCCUCAAUGAGGAGAAUUUCAACCAGGAGAUGUGGCCAAUUGUUCUGGAGUACCUGGGAAAGAGUAAAGGGGCUAGUCGGGAUUAUCUCAUUGAAACCGCACAGAAGGUCAUUCAGGAAGUUGACCAGGCAAUCCAAAAAGAUCCCCAAAAUGCCCAUUUACUCCAUGAGAGUCGAUACCUGCGUGCUCGAGAACUUUUACAAAUGCUCAAUUAAAUCUGAGUUCACUAAAAACAAAAA